GCAGACGCGAGGGUCAUCACAAAAUAAUCAAUAGGUACUCAAAUGCCCUUUAAAGCUACAACACAAAAUAAAUAGCUACAAAGUAAAAAUUGUUACCAGCUUACCGUACUCAGUUCUAUAAUUCAAGAAAUAUUUAAAACAAUAGAAAAACACUAUCGUUAUGGAGAAUAAAUGCAGUGUGAUUGAUUGUAAAAACUUAAUGGAUGAAAAUGAUGUUGCAAAAUUAUACAGAUCUUCUCCAACGAAUUCAGAAACACUGCCUUUGUGGAAAACAACUACUAGUCAAACAAUAGAAUGGAAACCUAGUCAACACAGUGGGUUAUGUGUCAACUCUUUUGAAAAAGCUGAAUACAUAGUUGGCAACAGGAAAAGGGCUUUAAAAUCAACAAAAAACCCAACGGAUGAAUAUUGUACAGAUUUAAUGGAAUAUAACAAAACGAAGUCACUAAAUACAUGUAGUGAUGCAGGGCAAAAGGAAAAACUUAUAAAAAACCAACCAGUGAACAUUGAAUACCAGUUAUUGGCGGAUUCAUAUUUCAAAAAAAUUAAAGCUUUAAAAAUGAAAAAACGAAGAUACACUAAAGAAAUUAAUUUAUUAUACUCAGAGUUAUUGAAAAAAAAAAAUCUUCUCAUCGAUCAAGAAAUUCAUAUAAACUCUUUGGACAAUGAUCCAAAACUAUUUUCCAUUUUCGUAGAUACUGAAAUGAAAAAAUUAAAGCAAAAUAAAAAAGUUUAUUUAACUACAAAAUUGAAAAUCAAAAAAAUACUAACCAAAGGACUGCUUAAGGCCUUAAAAACCGAAAUUUAGUUUUUAAACAAAUUUAAACAGUUAAAAAGUAUAAAAAGUAGCUAAAAAUAUAAAAUAUUUUCUCUAAUAGUUUUUAGAUAUUUAUCAUUCUUAUCAAACAUCAAUCAUUGUAUAUAUGUUAUAUGCAUUCUAUUUAUGAAUACGAUUAUAUUUUUAUCAAGUGAUUAUCGGAUGUGGUUCUUUGCCAGGCUUUGAUCAUAUUAAAAUCUAAGUUGCCAAGAUUUAAAAAAUAAAAUAAAUACUAAUUAGUUAGUAGAAGAUACAUUGCAAUCGACUUUAUUUCUAGUAUAUACGGUUUAUUUAUUGUGCACGUGCCUAUAAGUUUGACAAUUUGUAUUUUUGUUAAUUUAGUUACGAUAAAGUGUUAAAAAUGCUGUAAUUUAAAUCAUCGUUUUCCUAUCGCUUAUACAGUUACCUGACUAUUAAAAAAGUUUAAUUAUUU